UGUCAUAAUUCUGAGUUUGACGAUAGAAUUCUGAGUUUGAUGACGGAAUUUGGGGAAAAACAACGAAACAAGUUGAAUAUGAAUAAAAAAGUCACAACGAAUCUUUAAAUUUUUUUUUGCUGUGGCCCUGAUUGUCUGCCUUAGGUGUUUCAAUCCAUAGAAAAGAAAAGACAAGGAAAGGUUUUGUCUCAAAGGUGACAAAUAUUCACACAGGAGAGCAGAAAAAUAGUUUGAAAAAGACUUAUUAACCGGCUUCCAUUUUAGUAAACCAGGCAGAAGCAGCAGAUUUUAUUGGGACCUGCAUGUCCUGUGUGAGCGCGGCCAUACGGCUCGAGUCAGACCGUCCAUUAACCUGUCAGGGAGCUGAUGUGUUCUCCUGAGCAGCUCAUGUCAAGUCAUGCGCUGUUGUUUCCCAGGCCAGGACUCAGUAAACACCCAGGAAGAAUAACUUAUACGACAGACAGACGGAAAGUGUGUUGACACUACGGUGCACAGCGCUGAUUCAGUCCCAUCAGUGUGAAGGGGCGCUGCGGGGACUCCUGUUGACAAGCUGCGGCCACAUUUCACUGACGGGAGCCCACGUCGAGUCGCAGCCUCAGCUCCCUCCGCUCCGCUUCAGUCGACAGAACCCUUUCUCCAUUAGAGCCAGAUGUUCCAGAGAAGUUUCUUGGCUGUCCGUGCACUGGGACUCACAUCACAGGAUAAAUGAAAACAUAAGGGAGCGAGGGAAGAGAAGCGGCGCAGCGUGAGGAGGGGCUGCAGAGAUUUCGCAUACUUUUCCUCACAGUCCUGCUUAAUUGCUGGCUUUUUCUCUCCUUUUUUUUUUUUUUUUUUUGCCCUUUUUGCAUUCUUCUUUUGAUUGCUUUGUUGAGCCGGCACCUGUUUUCAAAAUCAGGGCUUCACGACACAAAGCACGAGUUCAUAAGAGAAGAAACUGACGUGGCACUCUGUUUUUUUUGUUUUUUUUGUUUGGCAUUUAAGAAUGAGCCGUGAAGCCACAUGAGAAACAGUGGAAAGAUUAAGCAUCAGCAUUCAGAAGGAAAUACAACGGCUGCAGCUCGCUGGCCUCUUUUGUGAAGUUGCAGUGUUGAAUGCACAGACGCUCAUUUAGUCUGGCAGCGUGCAGCACUACUGGAACGAGAUCUAUUACUUUGUUGACCAUCUGGCUCACAAGUUUAUCAGCCCUCAGCUGCGGAUGUCUUUUAUUGUGUUUUCAACAGAAGGAAGGACUCUCAUGGCACUAACAGAAGACAGAGAGCAGAUCCGGGCCGGGCUGGAGGAGCUGAGCAUGGUGCAGCCAGGUGGAGACACCUUCAUGCACAGAGGAUUCCAAAGAGCAAGCGAGCAAAUCUACUAUGGGACUGGAGACGGUUACCGGACAGCCAGUGUGAUCAUCGCCCUGACGGACGGUGAACUGAGAGAGAAUCAGUUUGAUCUGGCACAGAGAGAGGCGGGCAGAGCGCGCCAGUUGGGCGCCACUGUGUACUGCGUGGGAGUCAAAGACUUUAAUGAGACGCAGCUUUCGACGAUAGCUGACAGUAAGGACCACGUCUUCCCCGUCAAUGAUGGAUUUCAGGCGCUGCAAGGGGUCAUUGACUCGAUCCUGAAGAGGUCCUGCAUUGAGAUCCUGGCUGUAGAGCCCUCCAGCAUCUGUGAAGGAGAAUCUUUCCAGGUGGUGGUCAAAGGAAACGGUUUCCUUCACGCCCGAGACGUGCAGAAAGUUCUCUGCAGCUUUCGCAUCAACGACACCGUCACUUUGAUGAAAAGGCCUUUGGUGGUGAGAGAUAUCUACCUUUUGUGCCCAGCUCCUGUUCUGGAGAAAGAGGGAACGUCUGCCACUCUCCACGUCAGCAUGAAUAAUGGCCUGAGCUUCAUAUCGAGCUCUGUCACUAUUACCGCAGUCACCUGUUCUGAUGGGACCUUUGUGGCCAUAGCUCUGCUCAUCCUGAUGUUCCUGCUCACCAUCGCUCUGCUGUGGUGGUUCUGGCCUCUCUGCUGCACUGUGGUCAUUCAUGAGCCGCCUCCUCCAGUAAUAGAGGACAUCUCUGAUGACGAGGACGGUUUUCCCAAGAAGAGGUGGCCCACAGUGGAUGCCUCGUACUACGGAGGGCGCGGAGUCGGAGGCAUCAAGAGAAUGGAGGUCCGAUGGGGAGACAAAGGCUCGACCGAAGAGGGAGCCAAACUGGAAAAAGCUAAAAACGCUCGAGUUGUGAUGCCCCCGGAAGAGUUCGACCCACCGCAGUCUUACUACACUGUGCACAAAACCAUCCGCCCUCAGAAGUGGUACUCUCCCAUCAAGGGCAAACUGGAUGCUCUGUGCGUAUUCCUGAGAAAAGGCUACGACAGAGUGUCUGUGAUGAGACCUCAUCCUGGAGACAAGGGCAAGUGCAUAAACUUCACCCGAAGCAAAUCCUACCCCGCUCCUCGCUAUCCCAUCUACAACCACCCCUCCACGCCCGUCUACACGUUGCCCCACAGUUACCGCCGCCGUCCGUCAGACGACGACAACCUCUCCAAUUUGCCCCCCUCGCCAACUUCAACUCUCCCCCCUCUCCCGACCACCCCUCCCCCGUCCUCCACCACCCCUCCCAUGUACUACACGCCGCCUCCAAACAGAGCCCUGCCCCCGACCAACAUGAGCCCGGUCUCCGCACCGCCGUCACCAACUGGCUCCCUGCCGCCUCCACCUCAGGGUCCACCUCCGUGUAGAGCGCCUCCUCCGUCGCGCCCUCCUCCACGCCCCAAUCAUGAGAACCACUGAUGAUGAUGAUGACGAUGAUGAUGAUGAUGAAGAACCAAAGAGAUGAAGAGGAGGAUUCAAGCUCAGGAUGGAAACAUGAAAAGACCUUCUCACUGUGCCUCUGUUUAAUUACAGAGUGAGAAUGUGACUUUACAAUGCAACUAGCACCUGCACAGUAAAAACUUUUGACACUUACGUCUGUUUUCCUCAACAAGUGGCUCAUGCAUGAUGUGCCAUGAACUAAGUUUUCUUUUUUUUUUUUUUUAAGUCUAGAAAGUGCUAUUUAGUGUAGCAAGCACAGCUUCGGAGCUUAAUUUGCUAAUUUCUUUGGAACAUUUCUUCCUAAUGGCAAAUCAGAAAAAUUGGUCAGGUAUUGCACUGUGCUUAGGACUGGUAUAAACUUGCAUUUUAGCCUUCGCCUGGUCUAAAUCUUUUGACCUUAAUCUAAUCUUUUAAAGUCAUGAUUUUAAGCAGCAGAAAAUCCAGCGGCUCUGCAACAGCGUCAUGUGUUUUAUACAUGCAGGUCUGUAUAUUUUGUGAAUGAAUAUUCAAUAAAUCACAGA